AUCACAAACGUCACCUUUCCUUUGGUGAGCAAGGUGUGUUCACGUGAGGUUGUGUGGUCCCUCAGAAAUAGGUCACACAAUCCUCAUAAUUUCGUGAAAUAUUCUUCUAAAAUAAAAAAAAAAGCACAAAAUUUAUAAAAACCCAAAAAAAUAGUAAAAUAUUAAAUAAUAAACGGGAAUUCCUCGCUUAUAAGUUAGUGUACGUAAGCGUGCAACGUGGUCUAAGGAAUGCGAUAGGUAAUCAUAAAGAGAAAGUGAACUUGUUUUUUGCAUACAGUUAAUUAAUGUACUAUAUAAAACGAUCACAGUGAAAAUUCCAAAAUGAAUCCUGGACCACCUAAUUACCCUAUGGCGUCAUUGUAUGUCGGAGAUUUACACUCCGAUAUUACUGAGGCCAUGUUGUUUGAGAAAUUUUCAACCGCUGGUCCGGUUCUAUCAAUUCGAGUUUGUCGCGAUAUGAUAACUCGUAGGUCUUUAGGCUACGCUUACGUAAAUUUUCAGCAGCCUGGCGAUGCUGAAAGAGCUUUGGAAGGCAUGAAUUUUGACAUAAUAAAAGGAAGACCCAUUAGAAUUAUGUGGUCUCAACGUGACCCAUCGCUCCGCAAGUCAGGUGUUGGCAAUGUGUUCAUUAAAAAUCUAGACAAGACCAUUGAUAACAAGGCCAUGUAUGAUACUUUUUCGGCCUUUGGCAACAUUCUGAGUUGUAAAGUUGCUCAAGAUGAAACUGGUGCCUCUAAGGGUUAUGGAUUUGUUCAUUUUGAAACUGAGGAAGCCGCUAAUAAGUCAAUUGAAAAAGUAAAUGGAAUGCUUUUGAACGGCAAGAAAGUUUAUGUGGGCAGAUUCAUUCCUCGCAAAGAGCGCGAAAAGGAACUUGGCGAAAAGGCUAAGCUGUUUACUAAUGUGUAUGUCAAAAACUUUGGUGAAGAUUUUUCAGAUGAAAUGCUUAGAGAAAUGUUUGAAAAAUAUGGCCGCAUCACCAGCCAUAAAGUGAUGUAUAAAGAAGAUGGAAGCUCUAGAGGCUUUGGCUUUGUUGCUUUUGAAGACCCUGAUGCUGCUGAAAGAGCUUGUAUGGAGCUCAAUGGCAAAGAACUUGUGGAAGGCAAACCAUUGUAUGUUGGACGUGCUCAAAAGAAAGCUGAGCGACAAAAAGAAUUAAAGCGUAAAUUUGAACAAUUAAAAUCCGAACGUUUGACUCGUUACCAAGGUGUUAACUUAUAUGUAAAGAAUUUAGAUGACACAAUUGAUGAUGAACGUCUACGUAAAGAGUUUGCUCCAUUUGGCACUAUAACUUCUGCCAAGGUAAUGUUGGAAGAUGGCCGCAGUAAAGGAUUUGGGUUUGUAUGUUUUUCAUCUCCUGAAGAAGCUACUAAAGCUGUUACAGAAAUGAAUGGGCGUAUUGUUGGCACUAAGCCUUUGUAUGUAGCAUUGGCUCAACGCAAAGAAGAUCGUAAAGCUCAUUUGACAUCGCAGUAUAUGCAACGCAUGGCCAGCAUGCGCAUGCAACAGAUGGGUCAAAUAUUCCAACCUGGAGGUACUGGAGGAUAUUUCGUACCAACCAUUCCUCCUGCCCAACGAUUCUACGGUCCAGCUCAAAUGACGCAAAUAAGACCAUCUCCUCGCUGGACUGCUCAGCCAGCCGUUAGACCCAAUGCCCAAUCUGCUGCUUCGGCUUAUCCCAAUAUGCAACCUCCAUUCCGCCCUGCACCACGCGGACCUGCCCAAGCAGCAUUGCGUUCAUCGAUGGGAGCUAGACCUAUCACAGGACAACAAGGAGUGGCUACUGCUUCAUCUAUCCGUGCACCUAUUGUCCCUCAAUCUGGGCGUCCGGCAGGUUAUAAGUACACUUCUAACAUGCGUAACCCACCAGCUCCGCAACCUGCAGUGCAUAUUCAAGGUCAAGAACCAUUAACCACUACAAUGUUAGCUGCAGCGCCACUUCAGGAACAAAAGCAAAUGUUGGGUGAAAGGCUGUUCCCACUUAUUCAAAGGAUGCACCCUGAUUUGGCAGGAAAAAUUACUGGAAUGCUUUUAGAGAUUGACAAUUCUGAACUGCUCCACAUGUUGGAGCAUGGAGAAUCCUUGAAGGCUAAGGUUGACGAGGCUGUUGCUGUUUUGCAAGCUCACCAAGCUAAACAGCAGGCUACCAAAAAAGAUUAGGUAGCUUUGAAAAUUAACUUAUAAGCUGCAAGGUUUAUUUCUGCCGUUUUUUAUUAUUUUAAUGCUUCGAACAUCUAUAAUUUAAAU